UCAAAGUUGUUCUUUUUUUUUUUAAUUAUAGAAUUACAUCAAGCUUGGAUUUUCGUGGAUCAGUUGUUUAUUUUAUUUUAUUUUACUUCUUUGAAUGCUAGGAAUGUUUCUUUAAGGAUAAAAAAGAAGUGGGCUUUGUUUGUUUUCUCUCAAUCUACUAUUAGUUGUUGAAUUUUCUUGCUCCUUGUUGUUUGUUGAAUCUACUAAAGGUUAAAGAACUAAGAAUUUAGAGUUGUUUUUUUUUAAUGUUUUUGGGGCUAACGUUAGCUGAAAAUUCGUUACGGUUUUUGUUAGGAGUGGAUUUAGUCUGGCACUGUUGAAUCGAAGGCUUAUGAAGCAUUUAUUCGAGUUUUAAUUUGUGUUAUAUGGGUGAUUUUGAGCUUGAGCUUGAGCUUGAGUCUGAAGGGAGGGUAGUAUUUGAUUUAUUUCAGAUUGUUGGUCUAUUAUUUCAUUCUAAAUAUCAUCGUUUGAAGGGAUUGUUCUCUUGGCAAAGAUGAACAAACAUAAAUGCAUGGUUCUGGGAAACAAAAAAUGUCCCCACACGCCAGCUCGUGCGCAUCUAAGCACAUAUGCGUUCAAGUUAACAUUCAUAAGCAAACUUGGAUGCAAAAUGAGGACUGGUGUGGUAGAAAGUUGUUGCAAUUAUUGAAUCAGCUCUCUCUACAUUCACAUCCCUUGCAGUGCUGAAGUUGGUGGAAGAUAAGAAUCUGUAUUUGUUAGAUACACUAGAAACAAGUUUUAUGGUUCAAUAUUCGCAACUGCAUAACUGUGAUCUUUGUUUGCAAGUUUGACUUAAUACCUUAAUUGGUUUCAUGAUCCAUCAUGCAGAGAUUGAAAGUAUAGGGCUCAGUUAGGGUAGCAAAAGGAUGUUUGCUUGUGCAUGAAGGUGAAAUACUCGGAAAUUAUUAGCAAGAGAAGACAAUCCAGUAUGAAUAUAUGGUUAAUGUCACUCCUUGUAUGGUUCAGCUUCUACAACCAUUGAAAGUGAUGUUGUUUGAAUAGUCAUUUGUCACCAAUCAAAAUGUUGAAUUUUGCAUCCAAUUGCCUAGCUGGAAGUGUUAGUAUGAACAAUUCUACAAAGCCUACUCAAGUCCCAUCAGAAUACUCAGACGACGAGGCAUCUUCUGUUAGCAGAGAAGAAGCUCUAGAGUGCCCAAUAUGCUGGGAAUCCUUCAAUAUUGUGGAAAAUGUGCCUUAUGUUUUAUGGUGUGGCCAUACUCUUUGCAAAAAUUGCGUCCUAGGGCUUCAAUGGGCUGUAGUGAAAUUCCCCACAUUACCUAUUCGGCUUCCUCUCUUUAUUUCUUGCCCGUGGUGCAAUUUAUCAUCUUUCCGCUUUGUUUAUAGAGGGAACGUCAAAUUUCCUCGCAAGAAUUAUUUUCUACUUUGGAUGGUUGAGAGCAAGAAUGGUGACAGAGACAAGUCUCCUGGCACCUUCUUUGAAGAUCACCAACAGCACUGGUCAUCAGACAGUAAUUUAGCUCAUGGAAGUCGGGUAAGCCGUGGUAACAUCAGGAGAGGACACUAUAUUCAUCACUCUGAACCAUCAGGGACACACCAUGAUCAUAAUCAUGUCAACAGUUACCUCAAUGUGGAGAGAAUACAUUCUUCCCUUCAGAAAUCACUGGCUUUCUUUGUUAGUCUGACAGCAAAGUUCCCAUUGGUCAUCAUAUUCCUUUUGAUCAUCUUAUAUGUAAUACCUGCCAGUGCAAGCAUUUUGGCCCUGUACAUUCUUAUCACUGUUCUGUUUGCCCUCCCAUCAUUUCUCAUUCUUUACUUUUCUUAUCCUAGUUUGGAUUGGCUUGUGAGAGAAAUCAUCACUUGAUAUGCAAUUUAGUGUCGUAAUCUGUAACCAUUGUGAAUAGAAGUUUGCACCUAGAAAGUCGCACAUCUUUUUCUUGGUGACGUGAACUUGGUAAUUCAACGACUUUCCAGUCUCCAAGAUCACAUUCGUUGGCAUCAAAGCUCCUCGGUCCCACUAUCCCAUAUCUUCCAUGGUAAGAAGCUCUUCUGCUCUUGUAGGAUUUUGCUGGUGUUAGGGCUGUUUGUAGUGGCAAUGGGGUUCGGUGGUAAUAAUGGUCCCACCAAAGUUGUUUCCUUAUGGAUGUGUAAUGCUCUUGUAAGUAUCUGAAAUAUUAGUAAAGUGUGAGGGCUAUCACCCAAAGCUUGAUUUCUUGGUUGUA